CAUUGCGUAGCGCGCAAUGAGGAUCAAUAGAACACAUGCGCUCUCCGCAUGCCCAGAUUUUCUUCCGUCACAAGCUCCAGAGUACCUAGACACUACAGCUGUUGUCAUAUACAAACCCGUCAUCAACAGAUUUAAGUUGAGAGUCCCAAUAGAAACGGAGUGAAAACUACAAAUCAGUAGUGAAGCGGUAAACCGAGCAAUUAUGGAGGGCGAAAAGCCGACAAAUGGUACCAGUAACUCCGUGGAGAAUGUGAGUAGUGAGAUUGCAAAUGUGAAAAUUGAAAAUGGAACGGAAAAGUCUGCACCCGGAAGUCCAUCCCCCGGAUCGGGGACGGGAACGGCGGCGGCGGGGGCUAGUGUAUCGAUAGCAACGAAUUUCAAAGCUUUUUCGAAAUUUGGAGAUACAAAGAGCGAUGGCAAACACAUUACGCUGAGCCAGAGUGAUAAAUGGAUGAAGCAGGCGAAAGUCAUUGACGGAAAAAAGAUCACUACCACUGAUACUGGGAUUUAUUUUAAAAAACAAAAAUCAAUGAAACUGAGUAUGGAGCAGUACAAAGCAUUUUUAGAAGAAUUAGCAAAAGCAAAAAAGAUUGAGCUCUCGGAGAUAAAAAGUAAAAUGGCGAGUUGUGGACCACCUGGAUUUACAUCUUCAGCCGUUGGUGCUAAAGCCGCCUCGGCCGUUGACAGACUGACGGAUGUCAGUAAAUACACGGGCUCUCACAAGCAGCGCUUCGACGAGACCGGAAAGGGCAAAGGCAUCGCCGGAAGAAAGGAUAUACCCGACGCCUCCGGUUAUGUGCAGGGGUACCAAAACAAAGAUACGUACAAAGGGCAAUAGUUCCGCCCGGGGAAUCCCCCGGAUUUGCCUCAACGAUGAAAAUUCCUGAUUUCUUGAAAUUAAUUUUCCGUUUAUCGGAGCAAUAAAUUGAGCCGAUGAGCUCUGUUCAAGGGUUAUCGUGUUGGACACGAUACAAAUUACGUGGCGAAGACAGUUUAUGGCAAUGAGCCAAUUAAAGCCAUCCACCCACUGAGAUAUUUAUAUUUGAAUCGAGUGAGAAUUAUUCGAGCGAAAUUCUAACUUUGCAAUAUCAAAGUUAAAUCUUUGAAAUAAUUAUUAAUCUUUUCAAUUAUUUACAUCAACUUUGAUUAUUUAGAAUUAAAUGCCUCUGAUGAUGGACUAAUGGAAAAUAUCUUUCAACUGGAAAAAAUUGUGAUAAAUACUGUGGAGAGAGAUGAUCGGGAGAAUAACUUUUUGUACAUUAUUUCGAGAAUAUUUUAGCAUUUUCCUGGCACAAACCCGCUGAUAUCAAAAAUAUUAGCAGAAUAAUUGAAUUAAUUUCAAUACUCAAAUAACAAUUCUCUAGAUUUGAAUAAAUUAAUCACUGGGUGCACAAUUUCCCCUCCCGAAAAUGCAAUCAAUAAUUCUCAUCUGCAAUCCUCAAUAGCGUCUCGGAAUGGUCUCGAGUCAUCAUUCCCCUUAAUCUCCAUGAAGAAUGAGGCAAUCACAUUCGUCACGUGUAAUUAGACAUAAGUAUCAUUAACUCUGCAGGCAUAGAGUAUACCUUUUCCGUGAUACACCUCAGUGUAGAGAACAUGUUUAUCAAUCACACUUGUUAAAAAAGAAAAAAAAGAAACCAAAAGAAUUAAUGAAUUGAAUAAAUAUAUAUGGCACAAGGCUAGAUGAGAAAAACACAUUAA